AUUUUUGAAAAGCUAUCAAAAUAUUUUUCUUUUUUUAUUUAUUUAAUAACUCUUAAAUACAUAUAAUGACCGAAAAAGACAUAGAUGUAGAUGAAGCUGAAAUUGAAGAAACCAGUGAACUAGAGGUGCUCAGUGAAGAUACCGAUUCUGAAAGUUCUGAAAAUGCAGUGGAAGUGGAAGAAGAGCAGGAACAGCAACAGCCUUUACAACCACCCAAAGAUCCUCUGGAUGAAUUAACAUACCAACAGUUAGUAGAUCUUGUAAACAAUAUGGAGGAUGAAAACAGACACCUUCAGCUAGAAAAUACAGUAUUUAUGGACUUCCUAAAAAAUUAUAGUCCAUCAGCGUUAGAUGGAUUGGAUACAAUGAUCAAUUAUGCUCUUUCCUUAGCCUCAAAACAAACUACAUUAGGUGUAAAGUCAAGUUCUCUGUCUGCAACGAGCAGAUCGUCAACAGCUGGAAGUCUUGGAGGAACUAGUAGAAAAAGUAUGGUUAUGGGUUCCCUACCAAGUAUUAACAACUUAAUGGAAGGUCGUGGUCCGAAAAUAAAUAUCUCUACGAAAACGGACAUGAUUGUAAAGGCUAUAGAAGAGACGCAACAAAGUCUUGAUAAUUUUGUCAAAAAGUCUCUUAGAUUAAAACGAAACAUUAUGUCCGAUCUUCAAGAAUUUAAGAUGCGAGAAACUGAUAUUAUUGACACCAGAAAUGUUUUUGAACAUAUCGUAGUUACCCAAGGCUUAGAUAAGCUAACACAAAGAAUACCCGCUGAAAAAUGGAUUAGAUUUAUGGACGAUUGGUUAAAAAAUGCUGCAUUGGCCAUGGAAAAACUCCGACUUCGAACUGCUUCCUUAAAACUUCAGUACAAAAAAGUAUCUGCAACAUUAAUCCAAAGACAAGAACUUGGAGAAAAUGUUCAUGCUGUUGACUUUGAUCAACUAGAAAUUGAGAAUAAGCAUUUGCUGCAAAAGAUAGACCAGAAACAGAUACAUCUUAUAGAACUGAAGAGGAUGAAUGGAGGCGCCAACUUGAUUUUAAGUAAGCAUAAGAAGUACCUUCUGAGGCAGCAAAUGGAUUAUAAUAAAAUACAGGUAGGUAUAACAGAAAAGGAACAACAAAUACAGGAGUUGGACGAAGAACACGAUAAGGUCGAGGAAGAAAGAGAUAAGGCUAAAGAAAAAUAUGAAAAUUUUAAAGUAUUCAAAUCAACGUACAGAGUUCCUGAUGUGAUGGACUAUGUUGUGUUAAAAAAGGAAUUAGACGAAUUAAGGAAAAACAUAAAAAUAUGGCAAAGGAGAAAGAAUAUACAAGACAUAAGUCUUCAUGCUUCCAUCCGACAAAUGAAAAAUUUGACAGGUUUUUCGACUGUUGAUCCCGCUUGGUUACAGGACCCGCCGCCAGAAAUUGAAGAUCAGUGGUUAUAAUAUUUAUAUAAAAUAAAUAAUUCAUUUGAAAAUAGACGAUAUCAAGUUACUAGAUAUUUUUAGUAGUGA